CCCAGCCUGGCAGCUCCCGCCUCCCUGUCCCUUCCCCAGUACACCUACCCUGGCAGCUCCCGCCACCCUGUACACUCCCCGGGACUCCCAGCCUGGCAGCACCUCCCUGUCCCCUCCCCAGUACACCUACCCUGGCAGCUCCCGCCACCCUGUACACUCCCCGGGACUCCCAGCCUGGCAGCUCCCUGCCCCCACCCCUGGACUCGCUGCCCGGCAGUUCACGCCUCCCUGUCCCCUCCCCGGGACUCCCAGCCUGGCAGCACCUCCCUGUCCCUCCCCGGGACUCCCAGCCCGGCAGCUCCCCACCUCCCUAUCACCGCCCCUGGCUUCCGGCGGAGAGACCUCCCUCCCUCUGUCCGUCUCUCACCGACACCUAACAGAAUCCUGGGGUGAUGCGGCCGGACAGUGAGCCAGACCCGGGCAGAACAGCAGCAGCAGCAGAGCGUGGACUUUGCCAUGGUGCAUCCAGUCUAUGGAUUACUGCCACACAUUUUCCUCAUUGCCAUUCUAAAUAAGUCUGUGUCUGCUGUCGGCCAUGGCUCCCCACUGUCCUGUGAUUAUCGAAGGAUCAAUCUCCCAGCCAAUCACCUGCCAUACUACCUGCACAACAACCGACACGUGGCUGACGCCUGCCGACAAGACCCGCUCUGUCCUUUUGGAGAAUACCUGACGCAGCUAGACUCUUGCUGGGGUUAUGAAAAAUCUUGCAAGAAAGAGAAGAGCUUCAGUUACCCGAUAUGUGACAAGGUGGACUUUGGUUGGGCCAAAAACUUGGAAGGCGCUCAAGAAAUAUUUUGGAGGCAAGCGGACUUCGGUUAUGUGAAAGAGAGACUGGGUGAAACACAAAUGUUAUGCCGUCCUAAGGAGAAGGGAGAUUCCAUGUUGGCCUGUUCCACCAACCUCCAGCACUGCAGGGCAACCAACUUUUACCUGGACUUGAGAAAUCCUAAAAGAAGCAACGACAGAUUUAAGGAGGACUUCUUACGAGAAGGUGAGAUUGGAGGCCAUUGUGACCUUGACUCACAGAAGUUGCUGUCUCAAGGUCAACGUAAGAGCCCUCUACAGUCCUGGUUUGCAGAGCUGCAGAUAUACACCUCCUUAGCAUUCAGACCAGUAGAAGAUGGACACUGUGACCUUAUCAUAGAAAAACCAACUUAUUUUAUGAAGUUGGAUGCAGGUGUGAAUAUGUACCACCACUUUUGUGACUUUGUAAAUCUUUAUAUAACGCAACAUAUUAACAACUCUUUCAGCACGGACGUCCAUAUAGUCAUGUGGGACACUAGUGGCUAUGGUUAUGGUGAUCUGUUCGUGGAGACAUGGAAAGCUUUUACGGACCAUGAGGUCAUACACUUGAAAGCCUACGAUUCAAAAAGGGUCUGCUUUAAGGAUGUCGUGUUUGCACUCCUGCCCAGAAUGCGAUAUGGACUGUUUUACAACACACCGCUGAUCUCAAAUUGCCACGGCACCGGAUUAUUCCGAGCCUUUUCCCAACACGUGCUUUACCGGCUGAAUGUUUCCCAAGAGACUUUAAAGGAGGAAAAAAUUCGAGUCACCAUUCUCAUACGGAGCACAGAGUAUCGGAAAAUACUCAACUUGGACAAGCUGGUCCUUGCUCUGAAGAAUGUUCCGCUGUUUCAAGUGAAUGUUGUAGAUUACAAGUACAGAACCCUCGGAUUCCUUGAACAACUGAGGAUCACGCACAACUCUGACAUAUUUAUCGGGAUGCAUGGGGCCGGCCUGACGCACUCACUCUUCUUACCAGACUGGGCGGUGGUCUUUGAGCUGUACAAUUGUGAAGAUGAGCGGUGUUACUUAGAUUUGGCAAAGCUUAGAGGAGUUCACUAUGUCACCUGGGAGAAACCGGAUAAAGUCUUCCCUCAGGACAAGGGGCACCACCCGACUUUGGGAGAACACCCUAAAUUCACCAAUUACGCCUUUGAUGUGGAAGAGUUCAUGCGGCUGGUCACCUCCGCGGCAGAGUACGUGUCUCGUCAUCCUAAAUGGCCCUUUCGGAGACGCCGAGAUGAACUUUAAGAUCACUGUAGAGACUUCUUCUGUAGAGUUUUAUGAAACAGUAACUUAUUUAUUUAUUUUAUAUUUUUUAUUUUUUAAAGUCAUCACUGUUGGAAUAUGAGGUGUUGGUGGUAUUUCUGUUUACCUAUCAUGCCCUGUUUCCAUACGUCUCACUCUCGCCGGUUGGCCACAUGAAUUACUUUUUAGAUGUCUUGUUCACAACUAAAGAGCCCGUAUUGGAAAACCGGUCACUAUAAGCAUACAGCAGAACAUUCCAGCACUGACAGAAAUAUAAGCUAAUAAUAAUAAUAAUUUUAUUUAUAUAGCGCUCUUUCUCCAACAGGACUCAAGGCGCUUUACAGACAUCAAAAACAAUGCACAUAAUACAGAGGAUUUGAGUAAUACAGCAAUAGAUCAGCCACACAGACAUAAAAGAAAACCUUAAGCACACAGAAAGUAUAAUGAAGGAUUGGUGUAGGCAUUUUGGGUACUAUCUUCCAAGGGUUGUGUAUUCCACCCUCACAAGGUACCAGGUGCGGCAGCCAUCUUGGGCGCACAGCGUAGGAUUACCCAGGAUGGAAUAGUCCACCCCUAGAAGAGAUGACACAAAAUGGGGGUGAUUUCAGAGUCCUACAGUUCAGAGUAGGGUUCCAUCAAAACCAUCAGGCCUAUGUAUUUUUCAUCCCAUCCACAAGUGCACCAUAUGGGGCAGCCAUGUUGGGCGCACUUUGAAGGUUACACUGUAGGAGGUGAGCCAUACAAGGGCCAAGUGCAUAUAUGGGAAAACUGACACUUGUGUAGUAGCAUGAUGUACCCUGCAGGUAGGGCGCAAUGGCAGGGUGUGAUAUCAGUGGAGGUAACCAUUACAGGAAAAGCACACAGUUGGGUGGGAGAAAGGAAAAACAAACAAAAAAAGGGGGGGUGGAUAUAAAAUAGCAGGUAGCCAGUGGCAGAAGGAAUAUUGGGAUAACAUUAUUUUGAUAAGAUCAUAGUACGGGUGGGUAUGAGAAUGUGGGGGGCACACUCAGGAGCAAUGGGGAUGUCCCUGCUGAGCACCAGUCACCUGUGUGCAUUACAGGACCGAUACUGGUUUUGCAUUGCUAUUUAUUACUGCGUUUUGCUUAAAGAUGGUAAUUAAGGUCUGUAAACUAUUUAACACUGCUAGAAACGAGACUGUAGAAUAAUGCCUACAACUGUCAUCAUUUGCAGCCGGACAAUAGGAUUUUUCCAGCAACCACACUACAUAAUAUCGCUGGUCUCUAAUAUGAGGUAUGGUAAGAUGGUACUCUCCCCCAUAAUUCAUUAUUUUUUCCUGAUGUAGUGAGCACUAAUUAAAAAUAUUUUGUAA